GAUCGACCAGAACUACUGACAAAUGUGCUGUCUCAGAUAUAAAAGUAUGUGGUUGUAAUUGAGAAACACUCUUUUGUUACAACUGAAUCAUUUUAGCAACAAAGUGUUCUCCCAGUUGCAUAAAGUGUUUCCAUGGCGACUCGGAUACAGCAGUUGGCUCAACCCAAACCAAACAGACUAAGAUAUCCAGACCGUCGGUCUGUUUACUGGCUGGAUAAGCUUCCACCAGAAAGAAGCGGAUUAACCACUAAAAUUGGUCUGUGUACCAAUCUUUUCCUUUUUUCUUCUCUUGGCAAACUUGAUCUUUGCUGCCUUUUUGUAACACCGUGCAUAAUUGUUAUUUUGUUUUCAACAGAGUUAACCCCCCGCUGGUCGGACUUGUGCAUAAGUAGAAAGUUCUACAAUCAAGUCACAAUUUCUCCCAUAUGGCAGGUCAGUGAAUGGGCGCUUAAGGCCGUCCCAUCCAAACGGGUGUGUCAUCUGGCUCAACCUCGGGCGCCUGCAGCUGGUUGGCAGCCCGCCUGCCCGUUGUCGGUCCCUGUAAGCACACAGAGAGCUGUUGCCACUUCACGGAUCUGCCAGCUCGCCCAGCCAAAGCGAAGGCAGGUUCUGGAGAAAUCCAGGCACGAAUCUAAACAUGUACAAGUAAUCCACCUGCCCUCUAAAGCAUCUGCACACAUAGAGCUACUCGCCACUCCGAAGAAUGACCACCCCGAGUUCAAAGGAGACCGCCCAGUGUGCUGGUCCGUUUCCAAAGCUGCAAAGAGCUACAUAACCAGCCAAAGACUUCUUGAUCUGUCCAGUCCUAAAGAGAGGAAGGCUCUGUAUGAGGGAUAUGACCCAUACACGAUCAGCCGGGGAGCCCGAUCAGCCAGCCCCUCUCCCAGAAUACAACAGCUCUGUUUGCCUCUGUCUCGCAAAUGCAGCUCAGAGUAAGAGCAGUGAUGGCAAACACCCCAGAGAGCUGUUGAUUGUUCCAUUUUCCUUGCCGAAGACUGUAAUCGUGAUGAAGUGUUUUCCUUGUGAAAUAAUGACUAAGCUUUGUUAUUUGUUCUGCUGCAUGAAUAGCUAUGCACAUAGGUAAAAGACUACUGCAACAUCUUAGUGUUUAAGCCCUUGGAUAUUUGCCACUGUGGACUUACUGUAUUAACUGAAGAUUUCCUGAUUUUACCCGUCUAAUUUUUGCCAGGAUAAAGCUGCUGUUAAGUGUAAUUAUUCUCCUUAUUUCCCUUAAAAACAUGCUUGUGUGUGAAAUAUCUUUUUUUAAAGACUAUUGUUGUGCAUCUUUGGUAAUGAUGAACAACAUGCUUAAUUGCAGGUUGAUUAGACCAACUGGGGGGCUAUUCUUACCCACAGAUGAAGUUUCUUUGUGACAUUAUGCAACACAUAUCCUGUAAUACAUCCUUCACGUCUUAAUUGCUUUUAUAGUUAUUGUUAACACAAGCCCCAUGCAUCAGUUUUACACACUGCAGACCAAUUUCGGGGCUAAGAAAGGUAAUAGCUGAAAGGAAGCGAUUGUUAUUAUUAUAGUGCAGAUGCGCGUAAUGGUUUUAGAGUAGUUUAUGUGUAAAUUGGCCACAACAUAGAAUGCGGGAAAGUGAAACCUGUUUUGUUUUGUUUUUCUUUAUAGAAAAAGUUAUGAGAUAUUUGUGACGUGUAAAUGUAGACUAUAUAAAAGUGACCGUUUGGGGGGACCUCGAUCCGCAGUUAGGCAACAGCACGCCACACAUUGGGCACGGAGUGGGGCGGUACUGGUGUGUUUACUUCGAGGUGACAGGCGGCAGAUUUUGCGCAAAUGCUGUAGAUGAACUCUACGAGACGGGUAUCGUUCGGGCAUAAUCCGGUAAGAGGAGUUCGGAUUUUAACAUUUUGCAGCCGCUCGUUUCGUUUCAUGAAUUGCAACUUUGGUUGAAACUCACAUAGCGCAUAUUUGUUCUGCUGUUUAACGUGAUUAACGCUUCAGUAAGCAAACAAAAAGACAACCUGUCAAGCUGCUCAAGUGUUAGCGGUUUGUUGACGAGAAAAUCUGCUACCACAAUUCAUAAUGAGUGAUUAAAAGUGAUUGUUGCUUUAUUCCUUGAGCUCUCAUUGGUGCUUUCGCGCAUCGUUAUUAGUGAGUUGGUUGAGAAGUUGGCUUUUUCAGUUCGAAAAAAAAAAUCGCCCAUUAUUUGCAAAUUUCGAGUUCACUUUGUUGCGAUGUUUUACCCAAAUCUAUUUUGAUCAGCUGGUCAAAAACAAAAAGCAUCGUAACCAUUUCGCUAUUACGCAUUUUAAAUUAAAUUAAAUAAAUGUGGAAAGUGAUCAGGAAUGACCAGAAAGCCAAAGUACUCCAGCUGUUAAUGUCCUGUUGUGAACCUGCUGAGUUACAAUAGAAACAGGUUGCGAGAGCCCAUCAAAUAAAAAUUGGAGUAACAGUGAUCCAAUAAAAAAAUUGAUUGGGGUCAUCCUGUAGUCCAGUGAUUCGUUUAUAUGCAUAAUAAUAAUAAUAAAAAGGAACACUUGAGCAAUGUUUAACUCUGACUAACUUCCAACCUUCAAAGAUUUGAUGAUUUUGAUUUCUACUGAACUUGUUUUGAUUAAUAAAGAUCCAGUGUGUGA